CUGCUUUCAACCACAUGUAUAUCUGAGAGGUACAUCUGUCAGUUUGCCCGUGCCUCAUUGGAGUCUGACAGCUGUAUGCACAUGCAUUUUUCUGCCCCGGCAGUGUACACACUGGGAAGUAUACACUGGCUAAUUUUUCCCAUUUCGGGGACCAGUACUGUAUAUCCAUAUAUGAUAGUAAGAUCAUGCGACAGCUUCUGCAACUCAACUCAAAUAGGGAGAUUUUUUCUAUGUAAGGGGAAGGGUGAGGUGUGGCUCAAUACAUUUUCCUGCCUGAUUUGGAGCAGCUGACUGGCGCAUAAUACUCAUGGCCCACAAGGUAUUCUGCCGCCUGAGGCAGAAAAUAUCUCUUAACUGUACUCUUUUCGGGCACCUGCUAAAAACAUUGUUUCGACAAGCCUAUCCAGAUACUUAGGAAGUUGAGCCAGUUAUCCAAAAGAUGAAGAUAAGCUGGUCGGCAUAUGACACAUUUGAGGCAAAUUUCAAACCACUUGUGGUGGUUGAGCUUGCAAAAGACACCAAAGAUGAAACGAAAGAAUGGCUGACACAAAAGAUAAUAGAAAAGAAGAAAAAUGGAGGAGCCCAGCUUUUGGUGAAACCCUUGAUGGCAGAUGGGAAGAAAAUAGAAGGGAACCAGAAUAUUUAUAUUGUUGGAGCAUCUCCCUUGAGGCUGCUUCUGGGAGCUGAAACGGUGGGGUUGGUGAAAGAAUGUAAUGAUAACACAAUGAGAGCCUUUACGUAUACCGCUAGAAAAACCUUCAAAGAUUUUGCAGAGGACAAUCAUGAUUUCCUUACAAUGGCAGAGUGUCAGUACAUCAUCAAACAUGAACUUGAAAACCUGAGAGCCAAAGAUGAAAAAAUGAUCCCGGGUUAUCCUCAGGCAAAGCUUUAUCCGGGAAAGUCAAUUAUGCGAAGGCUAAUAUCCAAUGGUAUUCUACUUCAGAUUUUUCCACUUCAUGACCCAGAAGAACUAAAGAAACUUGGACAUACAUGGUACAAAAAACUGAAAAUUAGCUACCAGCCUUUAGAUGAAAUUCGCUGCUAUUUUGGUGAAACCAUUGCUUUCUAUUUUGCCUUUUUGGAGUAUAUCACAUUUGCUUUGGUUCCAAUGGCUAUCAUUGGGAUUCCUUAUUAUAUCUUUGAUUGGGAAGAUUAUGACAAGUAUGUGCUGUUUGCAGGAUUCAACCUGCUUUGGUCUGCUAUUAUCCUUGAACUCUGGAAGCGGUGUUGUGCUCUAAUGGCCUACAGGUGGGGGACACUUUUGAUGAAGCGACAGUUUGAGGAGCCCAGGCCAGGGUUUCAUGGAGUUUUAGGCAUUAAUCCCGUGACUGGGAGAGAGGAGCCGGUAUACUCUAGUUUCAAAAGACAGUUACGAAUUUAUUUAGUCUCAUUACCAUUUGUGUGCCUUUGCCUCUACUUCUCACUUUAUGUCAUGAUGGUUUACUUUGAAUUGGAAAACCAGGCGCAUUUAUAUCAUGAAGAGAACCAAUCCGAAUUCAGCAGCUUAAUAUUAUAUGUGCCCAGCAUAAUUUAUGCUGUUGUGAUUGAAGUUCUGAACCGCAUCUAUAGAUACGCUGCAGAGUUCUUAACCUCAUGGGAAAACCAUAGAUUGGAGUCUUCAUACCAGAAUCACUUAGUUCUGAAAGUCCUGGUGUUCAACUUUUUAAAUUGCUUUGCAUCUUUAUUCUACAUUGCUUUUGUCAUGUUUGAUAUGAAACUUUUGAGACAGAGCUUGGCAACUUUGCUGAUAACUUCACAAGUCCUUAAUCAAUGUGUUGAAGCUGUGCUGCCUUACUGGCUCCAAAAGAGGCGGACCAAGAGUGUGAAGAAAAAGGUGAAAGCAUUGGAUAUAGAUACUGACCUGACUUUGUUUGAGCAAGUUAAUCUGGAAAAAGGGAUGGAUACCUAUCCGGGUACUUUUGAUGAUUAUUUGGAGUUGUUCUUGCAGUUUGGCUAUGUGAGCCUUUUUUCAUGCGUCUACCCUUUGGCAGCUGUUUUUGCAGUGCUCAACAACAUCACAGAGAUGUAUUCUGAUGCCUUAAAAAUGUGCAGGAUCUUUAAACGCCCGUUUUCAGAACCUGCUGCAAAUAUUGGUGUAUGGCAGUUGGCUUUUCAAACUAUGACUGUCAUAUCAGUGGUUACCAAUUGUGUCCUUAUUGGCAUGUCACCUCAAGUAAAUGGACUGUUCCCAGAAUCAAAAAUCGAGCUUAUCCUAAUUGUAGUGUUGGCAGAGCAUUUAGCACUAGCUCUGAAAUUUCUUAUGGCAUACGCGAUUGCUGAUAAACCACGAGACAUCCAGAUAAAAUUGGCAAGGCAGGAAUUUGAAUCUCUGGAGGCACUCAAGCAGCAGCAAAUGAAAUUGGUGGCAGAGUCCCUGAAAGAACAAGCAAAAUAAGAAGCCAAACUGAGCAGCUGUGGAAGGAUACAGACUACAUGAGAAUUAACAGCAGGACAUGCAUGGUAUUUGUACUAUGUUCUAGCACUCCAUAAUAUUAUAGCAUUACCUAUCCUUAUUCACCACUAAAAACCUCAUUGAAAGAAUAUGAUUAUUUAUUUCCCCCCUCCGCAUACGCCAGCUCUGUGCCAGCUCUGGUUUACCAUCUAAAUAGCUGCCAAUGUAAGGUAGCAAUACUUAAUGCACAGCUUCAUAUCCCCCAAAGCAGUUGAGCAACUUCAUCCUUCUGCUAGAAUAUCUAGUCAUCAUUAUUUUCUGUAGGCGGCUUAUUAGAUAGUUCCCUGCAUUUAUGAAGGAAUUAAUCCAAGUCUUGUUUACUGUAAAAUGUGAUGCAUAAAUCUGUCCUAUAGGACCAAUCCAGCCCAAGGUUUUGGAUCUUUUUAAAGAAAAAAAAGUGUACUGUAAAAUGUAUGAGACUGAGUAUUACAAUAUUUUAAGCUUAAAACCUGUGCCUUGUCAAGUUAUUAAUUUUAAGGAGCUGGGCAGGGAAGAAUUUAGCAUGCAGCGAAGCUCACUCAAUGUGAUGCAUCCUCACUGAGAUGUACAAAUUUAACCCUGCUUGUAUAUUCUUUCUGCUCAUCAUUCACUUCCAUUUUGCCGGGUCAUGAGAUAGAGGCUGUAUUACACGAUGGUUUUAUCUGACCAGCAGGAGAGCCAUUAAAAAUAUCUAAUCAUUGUGCAUCUAAUUUUUCCUGUGUGUACCAAUAUCGUUCUUUGUGGCUUUCAGGCUUUAAAUUUGGAGAACUUUUAACCCAAGAUCUUCUCUUUGACAUGGCAUGAGGCCAGCAAUUGUUUUCUAGUGCGUAGGUGUGGCCUGCCCUAGAGGCGAAACUUCCUUCUCCGGAAAACCUUUUGAAGUCUAGAUAAGACUGGUUCAAUAGCUACUAAGACUGUUGGACUUAUUAUGUAGUAACAUCUGGUAUUAACAAUGGUGCAGAUCGAAGUCCAGCAUGCACAUCAACUUUCUCCUAGCACUGCGGUCACAACCCAGACAGAAGUAAAUUGUCUGGGUUCAGGGCUUCUUCCCUUUUUUUAAAAUUUUACAAUUUAGUAGUCACAAGGCUGGUUUACUGGGACUAACUAAACAGCAGUUGGGAAAUCGUUUUGAUAGCUCAGCCUCCUUUGUUUUGCAGAUGCACUGAACCACAAGGUGUUAUAGUCAUACCUUUUGUUACUUCCAUCUAGGAGUACGGUGGGGUCUGCCCCUCCAUAAUAGCCUAGGUGUCUUCAUCAGAUAUUCAGUUUUAACUAAACAGACAGAUGCAACCAAUAUUUCUACAGACAUACAUAAUUUUAUUUGUAUGCCUCCUUUUUACCAUGCUCAAGGAGGCUUACAACAUGAAACAAAUGCAUAGCUGCAACAUUAACAAAAGCAGCCAUAAACAAUAAAAAGUAUUAAAAAUACACAACCCGGUAAAGGGGCCCCUGACCAUUAGGUCCAGUCGUGACCGACUCUGGGGUUACGGCACUCAUCUUGCGUUAUUGGCUGAGGGAGCCGGCGUACAGUUUCCGGGUCAUGUGGCCAGCAUGACAAAGCCGCUUCUGGCGAACCAGAGCAGCACAUGGAAACGCCAUUUACCUUCCUGCUGUAGCGGUACCUACUUUGACGUGCUUUCGAACUGCUAGGUGGGCAGGAGCUGGGACUGAGCAAUGGGAGCUCACCCCAUUGCGGGGAUUCGAACCACCAACCUUCUGAUCGGCAAGCCCGAGGCUCUAUGGUUUAACCCACAGCGCCACCCACGUCCCACACAACCCAGUAUUUCUGCCCAAUUGUUUUCCAACAAGAAAACCUGCUUUUGCCAUCUGGUGUUCUGACCAAACAUAGGUACCAGGAUGACCAGCAAGCCUGAGGCACUUCUAUAACUUUUAGAGUAGUUAAAUGAAACUAACCUUCUGCCAGCUGAGCCAAACUAAAUGGUCAUAUUUCCACCAUUCUGGCAGUUCUGUUGGCUUUGCUUCACUUGUACUGCUAGUUAAAAUGAGCCUGAUAAAGCCGGUUGAAGAGGGUGUUUAACAUGCUGUGCAGUUGCACUAAUAAUAAUAAUAAUAUUAUAUUUCAGUAUUCAGUAUUCUAGCAUUCAGUGUAUUAUAGUCCAAAGUCAUCCUGGAUAGCUCAGUUGGUUAGAGGACGGUGCUGAUAACGGCAAGGUCACAGGUUUGAUUCCCAUAUGCGACAGCUGUGUAUUCCUACAUUGCAGGGGGUUGGACUAAAUCAGGCAUCCCCAAACUUCGGCCCUCCAGAUGUUUUGGCCUACAACUCCCAUGAUCCCUAGCUAACAGUACCAGUGGUUGGGGAAGAUGGGAAUUGUAGUCCAAAACAUCUGGAGGGUCGAAGUUUGGGGAUGUCUGGACUAAAUGAUCCUCAGGGUCCAACUCUGCAACUCUUUGUUUCAACCGUGAGAGAACAGGAAGUGGCCUUUCAUGGUAUCUGAGAACUGCCCUUCCUUACAACCAGGCAACUCUUUUCAACCAUGGUUCUGUGGUAAACUUUGAAGGGCAAGAGCUCAACAGAACAUGCCCCCUGGCCGUUCCACCAUAGUGUGUGUCCACCCCAGCUCCUAAAAACAGCAAGAGAGCUAUGUUGCAUCAUUAUAGAGAGAAAAUCAGCCAUAUGUAUGCCCAAUUUAUUAGGAUCAGCUGGCAGGAUGUGGAAAAGCAAACUGACAUGGGGCAGUAGAAUGGUUAGCGUGUAGGGUUUUAGCUUGGGAGACUUGGGCUCACAACCCUGAAAUCUUCUGGCUGCAGGAGUCCAACUUGGGAACCCAUUAAGCUUUAGAUAUGUAUCUGCAGGCGGCUGAAAUACAGCUCCUAGCUUUAAUUAGGUAAAAAGACAAAAAUCCAACUUGCAAAGUAGCACUGAAGACCUUUGCCGCCCAAGGCAAAGGGCGAGAGGGCACCUUCCCUUCCCCAUUCCACUAACAGGAGCUGCCUAGACUGGCAGUUAAUACAUCAGCCCUGGUGAUGAUGGGAAACUUUGGCAGCCAUGUAAUUGGUACAUAAAUGAAAAAAGUGUCCCCCAGUGAAGCAGCAAGAUAUUGCAAGCACAGAGCGUUAGACUAAUAGUUUGAAGUAGGAACCCCAUCAAUGAAAAGUACUGCCUACCCACCAUGUCAUUAUUUUGCUCAUCCUGUUUUCCUCUGCCAUCACAAGAACAGUAAAACUUGGAAGCCCCAUUUCUACCUCAUUCGCUUGCCAGAGCAGAUGGGAAAAAAGCCCAGAUUUGUGGUUCCUUCACAUUUCUCCUCCACUUUAUCACUGGUCAGGAAGCAUUAUCUCCCUGGUAAAAUUGUGUGUAGCAAGCAAAUAAUACUACAUUCAGCCAUGAAACACUGUGCAGAAAAGAGAAACCUCCUUUUUAAUGUCCGCUACAUUUGUGCUUUCAAACGAAAACUUAAUAUAAGCCGUAUGUUGUUCUUGCAAUCAAUGCACAAUUCGGAGUUGCACAUCUGGAGGGGGCUGGAUAAAACCAAGGUCAAAUUUAGCAGAAGUUAAUACGUAAGGGCAGCGCAAAUCCAUAUACGCCCACUUUAAAGCUUAAGCAGAGGUCAAAGGAGCAAAUACAUUAGGAUAAUAUUACGCAAGCUGAAGUUACCAGAAAUGCACAUGGACAGGAAAUCGGGAACCUGAUCAAUCACCUCGACAUAAAUUCAACUUGGUCCAUUUCAGUGGAGCGUUAUGCAACAUCCGAAAUACAAUUUGUUGCAUUUUCUACAAUCUAAACACAGGCACAAUUAGUUCUGUGGCUUGCAUGUUUUUGAAAAUGUAAAUAGCCACAGCAGAGAGAAAUGUGAUAAUUAUCAGGGGUGGGGGGGGGUGGAGAAAUUUUAACCUUUUCCUUGCUGGUUGUGUAGCCCUGAUGGAAAACACAAGUUUGAAGCUAUUUGCAUUCAAAAGAAACUCCCAUUGGGUGCUAGCAUGGGAUUUCCUCCCAAAACCACAAUGGACCUACCACAAGGAAUUUCAACAUGGUGCCUUGCAGAAGUUGUUGAUCUACAACUCCCAUCAGCUUCAAUACGCAUACCCAAGGAUCAGGGAUGAAGGCAGCUGUAGAUCACUAAAACCAUGUUGGCUAUCCCUGACAGAUUCAGGAGGACUGCAACAGGGGAUGAAAGGAUUAAACUCCCUUUCACUGUGUCAAGGGCCAGGAGUCAGCUUUGCCUGCUGAACAGCAACCUGAAGGGGGAGAAGGUAAGAGUGACUCCACCUGCAGCAAGGAUUCAGAGGAGAAGGCACUGAUGAGAACCAACUGGCUUCAGUCUUCUUAAGCAGAGCCUCCAGCAGCAGUCAGGUACUGGCAACAAUGCUUGUAGUUUCUGGCCUGAUCUUGCUGCUUCCUUGCUCAUCUUGACCCCAAGAUCAUCAGAUUCCCUGACCCCUGGACCAUCUGACCAUGUGGAUUGCUGUUUGCCCGCCCCUAGAACUGGACCUGACUUUGGAUGCUGACUCUGCCUCCAGGCAAGAACAGCUCAGAGACUCUUCUGGUUAGCUGGCCUCCAGCUCCUCUGAGCUCUGCAAUCUUGGUACGUUUUGGCCGUUUCUUCAGCAGUUGCAUUUUGAGAUAAAUGUAUGCAUGUAUAUACACACCUCCCCACACACUCCUCACUUUCAGUUGUUGGUUUUAUCUUCAGGAUGCAGAAGAGAAGCAGCCCCUAAUUUUAAGGCACCACCCUCAUUCCAUCUUCAUUGGAAAACCCUUUUGACUUUUCCUUUUCCUGACGCCACCUGCCUAAUCUGCAAUAUUUCACUUUUGCAUCUAAAACCCAACUUAAUGCAAAACUGUUGAGUUUUGUAUCGUUAUGUUCUACAAUGAUAGGAUUUGGCUGAAGAUAAUUUUUCGAGGAGCUUUAGUUAUUUUAACCAAGACAGGUGAGAUGGUGGGGACAACAGUAUAAAAACUAGUUAACUGUUGAUAUUUAAGCUUAAAGUUCCCAGUGAAUCCUAACCGUAUAUGAACAAUCUCUCUCACACACUGGUGCUUUUGCACUUAAUCAGGUUACAGGUAGAACUGGCGAUCGUAAUGCCAUAGCAGCAAUGGUUACAGUCCUUUAUAUACAGUGGUGUCUCGGUUUUCAAACAUAAUCCGUUCUGGAAGACCAUUUGAGUUCCAAAACAUUCCAAAACUCAAUACGGAAGCCUCAAACAGCUCAAUACGGAAGCCGUGUUUCAUGUUUGACUUUCAAGGCGCAUUCGAAAACCAAAGCAUUUACUUCCGGGUUUACGGCUUUCGAAAACCGAAAUGUUCAUCAAUGGAGACGUUUGAAAACUGAGAUGCCACAGUAUAUACAUACAAAUUUAUGUAUAUCGGCCACUUGGAUUCAUUAAAACAAUUGGGGGGGGGGUUCACACUGAAAAGAGGAAGUGGAGAGUAAAAAUGCCCAAUGACAUAGAAAUAUAUGAAAAAAUGGCGUUUUUACCCUUCUCCAUGAUUGUAGCUAGCACUGCUGGAA